GACGUUGCAAGUUCGUGCAUUGUUCGAAAUCGCCACGAGCGCUUUGCGCUGCUGCCAGACUGGUUCGUUGUUUGUUGUUUGGACAUUUAGAAAACUUGUCAAUCUUGCUUGCCAUUGUGUUGUUUAUAGCGUUCCGCGAUUCUGUAUGAGUUAGCGUGUACUCCUUAUCGUUUUAUUCCUGUUACUUGUUAUCAUUCGUUGUUAUUGUUUUGUUUGUUAUUGAACUUAGUGUUUUGUGUGGUACAAGUCGUUUCGUACUAAUAACGUACGUGUGCGUACGUACUUUAUGUUUGAAAAUCCCUUAGAAUGGGAAACAAGAAAGGACGAAAACCUAGUGCAUCAGUGAGGUUGAAGCGGAAACGUAUAAGCAAACAUGCUCUGGAAUCUCGUUACAACAAAGCCGCUGCACAGCCACCUGAUCCACAUGACCAAAUUGACAGUGAAGUGUGUCAUUCUGUUCAAGAAACCACAAAUCAACCUGAACCAUCUUCUGCUCAUGGAGAUAAUUUGAGUGAAGACACUGAAGGCAAUGAUUUUAUUAUAAUACCUGAAAAUAUACCUACUGGCCCUGAACAUGGCCAUGAAACAAAAUAUGGCAGGAGGAUUGUCAAUGUGGCCCAGUUCUUUGACAAGUUACAAGAAAUAUCUGCACAUGGCCCUCUCAAUUGCGGAUUAAAAUCAGUCCAGAUCAUAUCAGAAACACGAACUGGUCUUAUCUCACUUUACACAUUAGAGUGCAAAAUGUGCAAUAUGAGGUUUCAUAUUCACAAUGACAAUGCUGCUGAUACAUUGGACUUGAACAUUAGCGCAGUGGCAGGCACAGUAGCAAUUGGGUGUGGCUACACUCAACUCACUGAUUUAACAGCUGCUAUUGGCAUACCUCCAAUGUCAAAAAAUAUAUUUUCUGCCAGAAUGGCGGUUGUACACAAAAAGUGGGAAGAAGAAUUGUAUAAAUCAAUGACCCAGGCUGCUGAAGAAGAACGCGAAUUAGCUAUAAAAGAGGGAAGAGUCAAUUCUGAAGGCAUUGCUAUCAUAGAUGUGAUAGCUGAUGGAUGUUAUUCCAAAAGGUCCUAUAGAAAGAAUUAUUCUGCUUUAUCAGGUGCAGCUGCUAUUAUUGGCAAAAGGACUAAUAAAAUAUUGUAUGUAGCAAUAAAAAACAAGUAUUGCUCAAUUUGCUCUGUAGCACAGAGUAGAAACAUAGAUGCAAAGGAACACAAUUGUGGAAGGAAAAAAUGGAAAGGCAGCUAACAGAAUUUUAUUUAGAUUGUCUUCUGCCCGAAAUUAUUGACCCCAGGCACACACGGAAAAUGCCGAUUAGAGACCCCGCCUACAUAACAGAAGCCAUUAAUGAGAAAGAGAGGAAGAAAACCUCUGCGCCACCAAGAAAAAGAAAACUAGCUGAAAACAGUGAAAACAUACCACCGCCCCCCAGCCGUCGUAGUCGCAAUAAAUAAACGAUAAAAACUG